CGCUGACUUUGCCCGCAUUCAUUCGUCCCUCAACCCAAUUUAUCUGUCUUACCUCCCCUGCCACAUCGACGCGCAAAACAACAUGGAGCAGGAAAUUGACGCUUGGAUUGCACAGCUCAGCCAAUGCAAGCAACUAUCUGAGGCUGAUGUCAAGAAGCUCUGCGACAAGACUCGAGAGAUCUUGAUGGAAGAGUCCAAUGUCCAGCCUGUGAGAUGUCCGGUGACUGUCUGUGGAGAUAUUCAUGGGCAAUUCCACGACCUCUCAGAGCUUUUCCGGAUCGGCGGGAACUCACCAGACACCAACUAUCUUUUCAUGGGUGAUUACGUCGACCGAGGCUACUACUCGGUCGAGACCGUCACUCUGCUCGUUGCCCUCAAGCUGCGCUACCGCGAUCGUGUGACCAUCCUACGAGGGAACCAUGAGUCGCGGCAGAUCACCCAGGUGUACGGCUUCUACGACGAGUGCCUGCGAAAGUACGGGAAUGCGAAUGUUUGGAGGUACUUCACGGACCUCUUCGACUACCUCCCACUUACCGCCCUGAUUGAGAAUCAAAUAUUCUGCUUGCACGGAGGUCUCUCACCGUCCAUUGACACCCUCGACCACGUUCGCGGGAUCGAUCGUGUACAGGAGGUGCCUCACGAAGGGCCAAUGUGUGAUUUGCUGUGGUCUGAUCCCGAUGACCGAUGUGGGUGGGGUAUCUCGCCGCGUGGAGCAGGAUACACUUUCGGUCAGGACAUUAGCGAGGCUUUCAAUCACAACAAUGGCCUCACUCUGGUCGCGCGGGCGCACCAGUUGAUCAUGGAGGGAUACAACUGGAGCCAAGAUCGGAACGUUGUAACAAUCUUCUCGGCACCGAACUACUGUUACCGAUGUGGAAAUCAAGCAGCCAUCAUGGAGAUGGAUGAGAAGCUGUCGUAUAGCUUCCUGCAAUUCGACCCUGCUCCCCGGGUGGGCGAGCCCCUUGUCACACGGCGUGUACCGGACUAUUUCCUUUGAUUUGCAUUUUUUUCAGUUUCGUACAGUUGACGUUCCACUUGAUACAAUGCAUCCGACCGUUGCAUAUUAUGUGUAGCUAGCUCAUCCAGAUAGCCCAGAUGAUACCAUUUACAGUGUACAUCCUAAAGUUUGCUUCGCAUAAAAUGCAAAUGAACCUGUAAAAACCGUGUCGAGAACUGAUUCGAGCUCAAAGAAAUUCGCAGUGAAUGUAUAUUAUGAUAGCUACCUGGUGCACGAUACAUGCUCUUUCCGAUCACUCUGCGAUGACCAAGCAGUGAGAAGGCCUCAAUGCGAGCAUGGAGCGUCACAUCCUUUCACUAUACUACUACAUGUACUGUGAACUAGUCCUCUGCUUCUCCAGCAGUGAUUACAUCGU